UGCCGUAGCUCCUUAAAAAACACACAAAACACCCCCAAACGUCAAAGAGAAUGGCGGGAAAGGAAAGUGGGUGCCCUUUUUGGGAGGGAAACUGAUUUUGGGUUCCAUAAUUCGAACCCUAGCAAGCAAGCACUGCUAUCGUAGUAGAUCCGAUUCGACCCCAUCUCUCUUCUGGACCCGAACUAUGGCCGAAGUCGAAACCCUAGGUAUCCUCGAAGAGAUUCAAGCCCUCGUCUCCGAUAAACUUCAAGUGGUUUCCUACAAGUGGCUAAGUCGUAAUUUUUUGCUGCCUUCAAAUGUGUCAAAGAGGUUGCUACAAGAAUUUGUUGAAAAACAUGGAAGUGGGUUCGAAGUAGUAUAUACUUUGUCUGGAUGGUUGAAGAAUAAUCCUUCAGUUUACCAUAUAAGGCUUGUUUCUGGGCCUAAACUUUCAGAAUCCAAACAAGAAUUUGAUGGCAAUUGCUCAGUUCAGGUGUAUAGUGUGCAAGCUUGCAUUCCAAAGGACCCAGCAGCACUUUGGAAUGCUGAAUUUGUGCAGGCAGAAGAACUCUUUAGGCAGCCUCCCACAAUUGAUAAUUGCUUGCGAGAUAACAGGUUCUGCGGAAUUUCAAAUUCUUUUGUCAAGCGCAAUGCUGAUGGAACAGCUGUAAGCAUUGCAGCUCCACAACCCAAAAAUGCAGUGGUGGCAGGGCCAUCCAGAAGUAAUUCUAUGAUUCAAAAGGCAACUAUUUCUCAACCUCAGCAAAAGAAAGUUCAGCAAUCAAGCCCUAAGGUUGGUCUAGAAUCUUCCAAUGUGGUAAAAAGUAUCAAAACUGAGGGUCAUGUCAGUGGAGGUCAUGAACAGGCUGGCAAGCCUUCUUCAGAUAAAGAAAAAGCUCCUCAAUUGCCUGCUAACAAAAAGAAAAGUGAAAACGAUAAAAGCACUUCAGGAAAUGGGGGUUCAUUAGCAAAUAUGUGGGGUCGUGCAGCUGCAAAGCCAAAGCCCAAAAGUGCCACCACAGAAACUAAUGUUCCAAUCCCUAUUGUUAGUGCGGAAGCUCAAAUCUGUGCUCGUGAAGCGAUUGAGGCUACAAGUAGUGAUGAUGAUGGCCAAGAUGUUAAUUUCAAGAGAGCAUCCAAAGGUGAAGGCAGUAGAAAGAGAAGGGUUGUUUUCGAUUUCUCAGAUGAAGAUGAUGAAUAUAAAGAUGCUGUCAAUCUAGCAUCGCCAGAUCCCCCUAAAAUUCAAACUUUUCUGGACAAACAAACGACUAAAUCCCCAAUUCCAGAGAAAAUCAAUAUGGAUAUUGACAUGCAAAAAGUUGUUAAACCUAAGGUGAAGGAAGAAACUGUAGCCAAGGAAACUAACCAACUAUCGAGGGAAGAUUCAUCAGAUGUCAGCAAAAGGAAGACUGAGAUUUCCUCUUCAGACAAGGUCCACAGUCUUCCUGAAAAUAAUGUUAAUGCAAAGGAUAAAGUGGUUGAUGCUGCUUCAACUUCACCUAAGAGGAGAAAAGUGUUAAAGACACGUAUUGAUGAACGUGGGAGAGAAGUAACCGAGGUUGUUUGGGAGGGUGGGGAGACAGAGACCAAAGCUGAUAUUAAUACAAUGAAGAAAGCAGACAACAACGCAGUUAGCAAUACUAUCAACAGGGCAGCAGCACCUGCAGCUAAGAAGUCACCAGCUGUGGGGGGCACUGCUCCAUCUAACCCAGGUGGCAAAGCUGGAAACAAGAAAGCAGCAAAUGUGAAGGAUCCUAAACAAGGAAACAUUAUGUCUUUCUUCAAGAGAGUUUAACCAUAUUGCUACAGGAUAAUGGCCUGUGUUUUUGCUUUAGUCUGCUGGUGGUUCAUGUGCUAGCCUGAUUUGUGAAUAAUUAUAGGGUUCUAGCUCUCAUACAACUGCUUUUUUUCUCUUCUUUUCUUCUCUUGCUCUCUAAAAUUUGUACUGGUGGCUGUGUAGGUAUUUCUGUGUUUGGUUUAAUAUCAUUGGUACUCUAGAGAUGUUACUUUGCAAUAUUGGAAUUGGAGGGCUGCCAAAAGCUUCAUAUGGUAUGAUGCCCACAUGCCUUGGACAAAUAUUUACCUGGUCUAGCAAUAAGCCUGUAAUCCUUAUGGUAAUUUAACAGUCCGAAUGGUAAAUUAGGUCAGAAAAGAAAUUAUCAAAAUUGAAUUUUUUAUUUUA